AUGGAUUGCUACAACCGACCCGUGAGCCUUUCGGAAAGGAGAGGCAGCAUCUUGACCGAGGAACUGGCACUCAAUACCGGAAACACCGCCCUAAGCAACCCCAGGAUAGAAAAGCUUCCCCAGAAACAGAAUCGACACAUGAGAGGGCCGCCGACCCCAAGCAUACCGACACCUGCGACAGACUAUGACCAACAAUUGACCGGUUCACCGCCACCUCCUCCCACCCCAGCCGCAUCGCCUGGCCCUGCUCAUUGCCAACCUGAUUGGAGCGAUGCUGCUGACGACGAAGACUUCUUUCUUGCCAAAGUCCGACAGCACUUUAAGAACUGCUCAGGACCCCAGCGAACAAGAGUCCUGGCCGAUCUGCUCAAUCUCUGCACAAGCCAGCAGCUCAGCUUUGUUCACCAGUUUGUCAGUCCGCUCUUGAAGAAAGACCCCUUUACAAGCUUGCCUGAUGAGCUAUGUUUGAGGAUUCUCUCCUUCAUCGAUGACCCCAAAGUUCUUGCUCGAGCAUCUCAGGUGUCCAAAAGAUGGCGAGAUCUCCUUAGCGACGACAUGACAUGGAAGAACCUCUGCGUCAAGCACGACUACGGCCGUCGACUUUCGGAAAUCAAUGCAUCGUCCCCCAUCUCCCUGAUAAAGCCCGCAGCUCACGCUUUAUCGAGUAGGGACUAUGAGAUGGCAGCUGGCAGUGGUUUUCCCGCCUCGCAUCCGCUCUUGGGCCACAGCACGGGUUCUAGGAGCUUCGAUGGCGCUACAUGUCGACCGAGGCUACGAUCGUACAAGUCUCAUUUCAAGCAACGGUAUCUGGUAGAGGCUGCUUGGAGAUCUGGAGGGACGAGUGUCCACAGGAAUAUCACCCAAGAAGGCGGCGUGGUCACAAGCCUGCAUUUAACAUCAAAGCACAUUAUUGUGGCUCUAGAUAAUGCCAAGAUUCACGUUUUUGAUGCCAAUGGAGAUAAUCAGCGUACAUUGCAAGGCCAUGUGAUGGGCGUUUGGGCCAUGGUGCCGUGGGAAGACGUCAUGGUCAGCGGCGGUUGCGAUCGGGACGUCCGCGUAUGGGAUCUCAAGACUGGUGCCUGCCUGCACACACUGCGUGGACACACCUCGACCGUGAGAUGCCUCAAGAUGGCCGACUCGACGACGGCCAUUUCCGGCUCUCGCGAUACGACUCUCCGGAUUUGGGACAUCAGAACAGGCUUGUGUCGCAAUGUGCUGGUAGGGCACCAGUCCAGCGUGCGCUGUCUGGAAAUCAAGGGGGAUAUUGUGGUAUCUGGCAGCUACGAUACCUUUGCUCGAGUAUGGAGCAUCUCGGAGGGACGCUGCCUUCAGACGCUGCAAGGCCACUUUAGCCAAAUCUACGCCAUUGCUUUCGAUGGCAAGCGAGUAGUCACUGGCAGCCUGGAUACGAACGUGAGAGUCUGGGAUCCAAUGACGGGUGAAUGCCUCGCCAUUUUGCAGGGUCACACAUCGCUUGUUGGACAGCUGCAAAUGCGAGGCGACACCUUGGUGACGGGGGGCUCGGACGGAUCGGUCCGGGUGUGGUCUUUGGAAAGGAUGUGUCCCAUCCACCGUCUCGCGGCUCAUGACAAUAGCGUCACCAGUCUGCAGUUUGACGAUGCCAGGGUUGUCAGCGGCGGCAGUGACGGCAGGGUCAAGAUAUGGGAUCUCAAGACGGGCCACCUUGUUCGAGAACUUAUCGCUCAAGGAGAAGCGGUCUGGCGUGUCGCUUUUGAAGAGGAAAAGUGUGUCGCGUUGGCACUGAGGCAGGGGCGCACCGUCAUGGAGGUGUGGUCGUUUUCGCCACCCGAGGAACAACUCUAUGACCGGCCCCUGUCACUGAGGGAGCGCGAGUUGCAGCAUCACCCCAACCGACCUCACAGUGCCAUGGAUGAUGACUAUCGAGCCCGCGACCCGACCAUUGCCGGCUCUAGCCGGGAUAAUCAAGAUGUCGACAUGCAAGAUGCCAGCGUAGCAGCAGGGCCUUCGGCGGCGUCCUUUGCACGAGAAAACAAGACGUUUAUGCACGAUGACUGA